GGAAGAGGUGGAGAGGAGAGGAGAGGAGAGGAGGGGGAGAAAGAAGACGAGAGGAGAGGAUCGGGUGAGACAAGGUGGCGAGAGGAGUUGAAAGGGAGGAAAAGGGGAGCAGAGGGGCGCGUGGACCGGAGAGAACGAAGGCACACACACACACAAAAAAGUCGCGGGGGAUGAGUGUGUCUAUCUAAAGGGGUCCGAGUCUGCACGGGUGCGCUGCCUUGCUCUUCUUGACCGACGGCAUCCUUGGAUUUGGAACGAAGUCUGUCUCCCCCUUUUCCUCUCAGCGCCCAUUGUGAGUGGAGGGCCUCCCAAACACAGACCAAGACUGGCUGCAUGUAUCACCCCGCAGAGCUGUACUCUGGCCGUGACACAUGGGACUCCUAUCCAGCUGGAGGACCUAACAGAGGACAAUGGGCUCCGUGGAGCCAAACGGAAAGAUGCCGUGGAGGGCGCAAUCAAGCACACAGUCCACCGUCAAGUCGUCUCUAUAACAGGGGGGAGAGGACGGGGCACAGGCAGCCUCUCCGUCUCUGGGAUGGGAAAGAGCAGUCGUCUGAGGCUCAGAACUGGCAUCACAACUCCACUCGCUCAUUCCACGACAGAGGCGGCCCCCCCAGCGGCUACCCGACGGGACCAGCAGAGCGCUACGCAAACUGGGACAACAUUGCCGGCAACUCUUUGCACGGGGGGUCUCGCCUGCAUCGCAACAACAGAGAACUCCCGUCCCCACCAGAGAGAUGGGCCCCUUCGGACUGCAGAAGGAACUUUUCCGGCAGAAUUGUAAACAACAGACCAGGACCAUGGAAACGGCCGGCCCUCCACCAGCGGCGAGACCAUCUCCACCCCCACGGUUCCCCUCCACCGCACCCUCUAUCCCCGAGGGACGAAUGUUCAUCCAAGAGGAGGAGGGACCUCGGCCCCGAUCAGCCAUCUCAUCCUGGAACAAGACAUUUGUCUCCACCCGUCCACGCCUCAUCACCACCUCGCCACCACCGCUCCAACCCGAAUAACUGGAAGCCCCCCAAUGAAAGGUUGGAUCAUUGCCACCACUAUGACCACAGGACCACAACAACACAGCAACAGGAAACCUCUAAACUGCGAGCUGGAGGACACGGCUUGAGCAACAGUCACCUAGCGGCUCCGAAACAGGGCUGUGGCAGCAGACCACCACCUCACGGAAGCAGGGGGAAGGUCGACCAGAGAAUCGCAUCAUCACCAGCAGACCACACCCGUGUGCCUUACAGCCAAAACCAUCAUCGCUACUAUCCACGACACACGGCCCACCCCAGAGCCCCGUCGCACAACGUGCCGCCACACCCUUUUGGGGAAAAGGACUCACGGAGCCAUCAACACAAACAAAGCACAGAACCUCAGCGCACUCAUCAGAGGGGUGAUUCAAGGGAUCCGGCCCUCUGCAAGUCUUCUGGUGCAGGCUCUCCUUCCUAUUCAUCCCUCCUCUUUAGCCCUAAAGAUGGAGGUUCUUCUGCCAGCAGUCCACGCGCGUCUCCCAGUUCCUCAUACACAGCGGCCAGUAGCAGAAAAGACCCACCAAUCAGUCAUCAGUUCAUCUCUGGCCUCAGUGGGCAGCAGGACCUCCAGGGAAGCCCAAAUUACACCCAGAGACCUGGCCUGACGUCUGCAACGCCUCUCUCGUCUCACGCUGGUCUGAAAUCCAGGUUUUCAGACGUCAAAUAUAGGGAGACCCUGCAGCCCCCCUGCUCGCGACAGUCCCCGCACGGCAAAUCCAGAGCAACCGAGCCGGAAAGGGAGUUGAAAGAACUAACAAAAACCGAGAAGCCGAUUAAAAAGGACAGAAAGACGAACCAAAAGGGUGAAGAGAAGAAGCGGCAUAAGAAAAAAGAGGAAAGAAGGUUGGCAGAGAGAAAAAGGAAGAGGGAUAAAGCAGCAAGGAGGGAAAGGAAGCUCGGCUUGAAAUCUAAGGUCACAGAAAAUGAAUUGUUUACCUCCAGCUCUACUUCCAGAUCUUCAGGGGAAGCCAAAAUACAUAAAAUGGAGAUUUCAACUGUGUCCCCAGAAUACCAAGGCGAGUUACCAGCCAGGCACAGGCAGAGGAGGGAACAAGGAGAGAGGACGCACGAGCCAUCCACAAGCACUCUUCACCCCGGCUGCUCUUUACCGCGGCCACUGUCAAAGUGUAAGAAAACCCAAAUACCCAAGAAGAAGAGCUGUCCCCCAAAACUCCCUUUCAAGGAACAAGUAAAACGGUCUCUUCCCAGGAAAAAAUGCCCCAACCAGACCAGCAAGAGGCCCACUGCCGUCCCAUCGCGACCACAAGCGCGAGCAGAAGCAAAGCCCGCCGACACGCUGCCGUCCCUUUUACUUAAAGCACUAGCGCCUCUCAGCACAGCGUGCUCCAUCACCUUACGGCAGCCCCUUCACGGCAAAGACGGUGGCCAGGGAGGGGUGCUCAACGCUCCAGACCUGCAGCCUGAGGGGAAUGCGAGGGAAGUGGGAGACGACCUCGCCAACACUCCUCCCGUCCUCAGCUGGCAGGGCUCUCCGGUAUCCACUCUGGGAGAGGAUGAAGAGGAGCUGGGAAAGGGAGUGUUGAGUAGACCCGUCCUCCAGCCCAGCCCCACCCAGUGCCUCUCUCCCCCUCCCGUUGACAGCGAGAGCACUGAGGACACGAACACGGAGCCUUGCGAAAGGGCAAUGGGCGCUGAUUAUUCCCGCGACGGCAUGUCCGAACUCGGCGAUCUGCCUUGUGCAUCGGAGCAGGAUUCGGACAAGGAGAAGGACGAAGAGGUGGACAGCUGCGAGGAAACCUCGGCCUCUCUUCUGCGCGAACUUCGCCACCAUGAAACGGGUCUGGACGACGUCUUCUUGAGCCUGGCCACCUUUCUCGGAGGCCACCGGGUCGCAUCUCGGGGCGGUCCAUUUGGGGGAUCUCCUGCUGGCUGUGCGGGAGGAGUGAAGUACUCGUCUUCUCUUGAAUUGGGGCCAGAGAUCCACGAGCAUCCGGAUUUCUCCCCACAGUCCGACCUAACGGCAUCUUCCAAAUCCAGUCACCAGUCACCAACUCACUCUACCUCCACAUUUUUGAGAGACCACAGUCCGGCGCGUGGGGGGGAACCUGCGGCGGACGCCCCCGUGCAGGAGAAGCAGGAGGACAUCAAGACCAACGUGAAAGAGAGUAAAGAGGAGACGGACAUGGAGAUUGUUCCUGAGAGAAAAGAGUCAGCGCUUUUGGAUGGGUCGCUGAGUGCCAAGCUGAGACUGACCACAACGCAUGCAGCUUCCUUCACCGGCGUCAUCACUCUCUCUACCAAGGAAGAGAGGGCACGCGGCGAAGAGCGACCAGGCGAAUAUUCAGACAGAAAGAAAAAGCGAAAGGUCAGCGACGGGGGGAGCGAAGGAGAGAUCAAGAUCAAGAUCAAGGCGGAGGAAAGAAGCAACCUCUGUUCUAAAAACAAAGCAAAAGAGAUCCGGGAUUUGGAAGAAAAGUCCCCCAAACCGUUCAGAAAUAGCAAGAAGGGCCGGACACCUCAGAAAAACUCAACCACAGAGGGCAAACACGUCCAUAAGAGAAAAUUAGACAUGGACGCAAAGAUCGUGACUGAGAAGAAGGAAGAGUUGGAAAAUGAGAUCUCCUCAGCUACUGCAGAGACAGAUCACAAGACCCCAAGCUCAGCAUCAACUGUAACAACCAAUACCUCCAAAGCAUGUGCGACCACACCAGCAAGCAAACCUCCCUGCCCAGUAGGUCCAGUUGACCCCAUGAAACUGAAAGCCUUGUCCAUGGGCUUUACCAAGGAGCUGCGGAUCCUCUUGACUAAGGUGGAAAGUGCUGGAAGACAAACAUUCAACAUAUCGGAGUUGGAGGAGCAAAAAAUCCCACUCUCAAAGAUCUGCAUCAGAAACACGGGUGCUGAAGUGGUCCGAGCUUGCAAGGGGACGAGGGUGAAGGGGAAGUUCAAGGAGUCUUUCCUCCUUCCCACCUUCUCUGUGAAACCUAACAUCGCCACAACGGCACUCAUUCCUCGAGCGAAGCUUAACCCCCCUACACCGAGCAUCUACUUGGAGAGCAAGAGGGACGCCUUCUCUCCAGUUCUGCUUCAGUUUUGCACUGAUCCCAAAAAUGCAGUUACUGUCAUCAGAGGCCUCGCCGGAUCUCUCCGCCUGAACCUCGGUCUGUUCUCGACCAAAUCUUUGGUGGAGGCCAAUGCGGAGCACGCGGUGGAAGUGAGGACGCAGGUCCAGCAGCCCGCUGAUGAGAACUGGGAUUCGAGUGGUUCCACGCAGACGUGGCCCUGCGAGAGCAGCCGCUCACACACCACCAUUGAUAAAUAUGCUCAGUACCAGGCCUCCAGCUUCCAAGAGAGCCUGCAGGAUGAGAAGGAGAGCGAGAAUGAAGAGGAAGGAGAGGAAACCCAGUCUUCAGAAACGAAAGCCGCUACAAAGGCUGCCCUGACAUUGGUCAACAUCAAAGGCAGUCCUUCUACCUUCUUCAGCAAAGCCCAACCGCUUAUUUCCAGCAGCACAACCAGCUCGGAGCCGAAAACCGCCGGAAAGAUCAUUAAAUUUGGGACGAAUAUUGACCUCUCUGACCCUAAAAGGUGGAAGCCUCAGCUGCAGGAGCUGUUUAAGCUGCCCGCUUUCAUGCGCGUGGAAUCCAGCAACAACAUGCUCAGUCACGUCGGCCAUACCAUCCUGGGCAUGAACACUGUCCAGCUGUACAUGAAGGUGCCAGGCAGCCGCACGCCGGGUCAUCAAGAGAACAACAACUUCUGCUCUGUCAACAUCAACAUUGGGCCUGGUGACUGUGAGUGGUUCGCUGUCCACGAGCACUACUGGGACGCCAUCAACAAAUUCUGUGAGAAGCACGGUGUGGACUACCUAACGGGGUCCUGGUGGCCAGUCCUUGAAGACCUCUACAGCUCCAACAUUCCGGUGUACCGCUUCAUCCAGAGGCCCGGAGACCUGGUGUGGAUCAACGCGGGGACUGUACACUGGGUCCAGGCGGUGGGGUGGUGCAACAACAUCGCCUGGAAUGUGGGACCACUCAACUCGUACCAAUACCAACUCGCCCUGGAGCGCUACGAGUGGAACGACGUGAAGAAGGUUAAGUCGAUCGUUCCCAUGAUCCACGUUUCUUGGAACGUGGCGCGAACCAUCAAGGUCGCCGACCAGGAUACCCACAAGAUGAUCAAACACUGCCUGAUGCAGUCCAUCAAGCACAUCCAGAUCCUGAGAGAGCAGCUGUUGGCUGCAGGGAAGAAGAUCUCCUACCAGAGUCGCGUGAAGGACGAGCCGGCCUACUACUGCAACGAGUGCGACGUGGAGGUGUUUGACCUCCUGCUCGUGACCAGUGAGAACAGCAGUAAGAAGAGCUACGUGGUGCACUGUGAGGACUGUGCUCGAGCCAAGAGCCCGUCGCUGGGGGGGGUCGUGGUGCUGGAACAGUACCGAAUGGAGGAGCUGAUGAGAACCUACGACAACUUCACGCUGGCUCCAUCACCGUUUUCAAAGUGAGGACUCCUUCCUGGCGUCUUUCAGCCAUAACCAAAACUCUGAUGGCAGCACAAAUGUUGUCUAUUCCAGCAAACACUCUUUGAAUCAGCCACUUUCACUCAGCAUUGUUUACAUCACACAAUGAGGUAUGGAUACUCAGCCAAUCCAACUUUAGCUCACUGUCUUCCCCGUACCAGCUGCUGAUUGGACGCGUGUUUUGAAAUAGAAUGACUAGACUGGUACUUUUCAUGAAAAGCAUUUCAGAUAUGUUAAAAAAAAAUGUGAGCACUGUUAGCACUGAAAAUCAGGUUAAAUGUUCAACGGACACUGCUGUGAUUCAAAAGCGUCAAGUAGCCGUUUCUGUGUUUAAAUUCAGGUACUUUUAUGCAAAUUCUGUAGAACUUUUUUAUACCAAUCUAGUUAUUCUAUAUGUCCAUGAAUUUGCUGUGAUUCUGUUGUACCAGCAGGGGAAUCGCUUCACAGGAGAAGUAGCUGAUUGUCACAUUUGGCACUGUAUUGGUUCCUCUUGGUCUUUCUUUGGUAUUCAGGUAAACUGACAUUUGUAAUUCCUGUCUGUAUACUCUUUGAGGUGCUAUUCCAAUCUAAUUUAUUCCCGUUAGAUACUUACCAAGUUUUACCAGCCUAUUAGUACACCACAUUGGCCUUGCAAGCUGUAUUUAUAGGAAAGGUAAUUAGAGGAUUAAACACACAAAUAAUGAUUUCUGUACAUAUUUAAAACAACAAAUCAAAAACAUUUAUCAGUUUCUCUACAAUACGGGUUUACCAGAGGACAAAUAUGGUUUACUUCUUAGUUGGAAAUCGAGUAUGUAUAUGGGAAAAAUGAUCAAUUGUCAUUACUGUGGUUUCUAUGCUACACCCGGAAAACCGACCGUGUCGUUUUUUAUUUUUGGAAUUGGAAAAUAAUGUGUUUUAUACCUCCUUUUUGUUGCUAUAAUCUUGUUUCUGGAAAACACAAAAAAUGUAUUGACAGAGAAAAUACGUAAUUGUAAAUUGUGAUUGAAUUUAUGAGAUACACAGUGAUGUGCAUAGAUGGAGAAUACAAGGACUCUGAGGAGGCGGGCCGGGGUAUAUAUGUCCAAAGAGACAAACAAUCAUAAUCUUAUAAUGCAAAAGCCAAUGAGGCCAAAUAGAUGAGCUGACUAAAUGACACCUCGAUGUUUUGAUUGUGCCCCAAACAUCCGCCGUGAUGAGGCUCCAUGCACUGCCAGGGGUUUAAUACGCGACAUUUCCAGUUGAACAUGCUGAAGAGCACAUGAAUGAGACAUCACAACAAUUUUGACCGCUCUUUGACACCCAAAAAAAGGGUCUGAUUUUGUUGAGUGUGGUGGGAAUUAGUGCCAGAAUAAAGGUCACUAUGUUAUUGGGGGACGACACAGAGUUCACGCGAGAGGUCACAGAGAGCCAGAUAAAAACUCAGCGUGCAUGAGAUCAAUCAAUUCUCUCCCAACAGGGACUACAUAGUCUAGAGUCUUUGGCCUCUGGGUGUUCUAUGUCACAAUGCAAGGUUAAGGUACAACUCAAAGCUUCGCUUCCUCUGGACUGCAUCGCAUACACAUUUUUGGGUGAAGCCAAGUUCGACCUAUUUAAUAACAUCACAAUGAAAUCCCCGCAUAUUGGCCACUUUAACAUUUCUGCCGUGCCCUUAUUAGUCUGUGCACACACAUACUGUACAUAAUGUAACUGUUUUCAGGUACACUAGAAGACUUAUGUAGUUUUAUUCUCAAACAACAAUGUAAUUUGUAUAUGGUCAAAUAUGUCCACCUCAGUCUGUCAUCUGUUUUGGUCGUUUCUCUAUUACAAUACACCCUAUAAAUAUCCUGUAUCCCACUACAACGAGAAUUUCUUUCCACUUUUAUACCUCUUUUUGUUGUCAGUUUCUGUAUUUUGGACUAAAGAGAAAAUUGUAAAUUGUGACAUUAUUUAUAUUGUACAUUGUGGUUUUCUUACAUAUUUAUUGCAAAUCAAAGGUUACUUCACUUGAUAAGGGGCUACAAGGUAUUUAAAAAAAAAAAUGUAGUACGGUCAAUAAGGUGUGGAUAGGGGAAGUGCAAUCGGGGGGCGGUGUAUUUUUCCUGGUGCUAAACCCCUCCUUGACUGAAUGCCCCCUCAUUAAACCGAAUACAAAAGUCUGUGAUACAACUCAAACCAACCGGUUGGUGCUUGAAACCAUUUCAUCGCCGUUUGAUGGUAACUGAAAUGGAAUGAUGUCUUUGUACUGUGUCUAACAGAUGAAUACAGACUCUUUUAAAGCUUUUCGUCCAUCUUGUGAGGCAGUAGUGGUUUUAUGAUGAGCAUUAGUAGUAGUUGUAAUUCUUAACACUUUUGCAAAAGACUUUUAGGGAUGUGACUUUUAACAAUGUUGAGUUUUUUUUUUUUUGUGUCUUGUCCUCAUUGUUAUUAUUUAAAGGAUGUGAUAAUGCUCUUUUUCCUCUUGACUUAUUGGAUUUAUGCUGCACUUAUUGUUUAAAAAAAAAAAAAAAAAAAAAAAAAAGACAUAGAAGAAAACCUGAGCCAGACCUGUCUUAAACCCCUCUGUGUUUAUUCUGUGACAUAUUGUAUUGUUGUUGGACAAAAUAAAAUGUUUUGAUAAAUUAUUC